AUGAACUUGCACCUGGCGCUUGUCGAGGCAGUCGCGGGGCACAUCGCUGCCUGCUUCCGGUACACAGACCCGCUCGGCGACCUUGCGCAUGGCAAGUCACCGUUCGACCUCGUGCUCGUCGUGGAUGCGACGCCCGAGCCCAAGUACGACCAGGCGUUCCAGCUGGAGCUAUUGCAGGAGCUUGCAUCGGACGCGUCGUCGGACCCGUUUGUCGCUGCCAACACGGACAUGCUUCUGUCGCGUCACAACGCGCCCGUGCUGCACAUGGCCUUUCUGCGCGCGCCGUCGUCCAAGACGCUGCGCUUCGUCGUCGCCCGCCGUGACGGCCAUGCCUAUGUCUGGGAGUGGGCCCUCGAGAAGCUCGCGUGGGUCUUCCUCAAUAGUUUCUGCUUUUCGAGCGAGCCUGCUGCGGACCUCAGCGCGUUCCCGACCUUUGCCGGCGCGCACGGACUCGCGUGGUCGGACGCGAACGGCGCGCUGCAGUGCCGCCACGUCAGCUUUGAGACUAUUCCGUCGCUCGCCAAGCACCCGACGCACAUCGUCGUGGGCCAUCCGAUGACGCUACACAGUGACGCGUCGAGUCGCGUGACCUUGCUAAGCUCAUCCCGUGGGCUGUGGCUCCUCUCCGACUGCCACGUACAGCUCAAGAGUGCGCAGUCGCCCGUGACACACGCGUGUCCGCAUCCGUCGCCGCUCUUCGACGUGGUUGCGUGCGUGCACGACGUCACAGGUGCGCUGCUGACGCUUUCCAAGUCGACUGGCGCCCUCCACCUCGUCCAACUUGAGAAUGGCGGGCUCCAGUGCCGGCAACUUGCGUUCGCGCUGCCGGCGCCGGCGACGGUCGUUGCGGUUGCAUGCCACCGGCAGUUCCUCCUCGUCACGACCACCGAGAGCUCGCUCGUCGUGUACGAUGUGCACUCGGGUGCCGAGGCCACGUCGCUGGCACUGCCGACAGCGACGCAAUACCGCCUAUGGAGCACAGUGGUCGCCGCCGGCGUCUACGCCGACCACGCGUUCUACCGCCUCAAGCUGCCGAGUGCAACGCAGUACGCCGACGGCCUACCUUCGGGAUUCGCGCACUUGCGCGACCACGGCCCGUCGCUCCGGUUUCCCCAAGUGGCGGCGGCCUACGCCUCGCUUCGGCGUGCAGCCGCCAACGACCGCAAGGGCGACGCUUACGAGACGGUCGCGGCGCACCUCGAGCACCCGGCGCUCUUAUUGGCGCUGCUUACAGACGCCAAGAUCCCAGACGCGAUCGUCGACGACCUCCGCGGGCGCCUCGGGGCGAUGCAGCUCCACUACAAGCACACACUCCAUACCGUGCCGGCGGCGGCCGUGGCGUCGACGCCGCUCUCGCCUCUCACGCCCAUCAACAUGGACUCGUUCAUGUACGUGCACGCGUGGCUGCAGCUCAAUGCUGAGCGCAACGCGCUUCUGCAGCCGCUAGCCACGUUGCGGCCGCGCGCGCGCACGGCCGAGUCGGACGUCUCGCUCGACAUGCAGCGGUUCCGUCCGACGCCGCUGACAAUCAGUCGCCAGCUUCACGCGCUCUCGCCUCUUCAAUUCACCUCGUGGGCGUGCUCGGCGCAGUUUGGUCGCCGGCUCCUGCUCCAGCUCGAAGCGCUUUUGCUGGAGAACGUCGUCUUCAAAGGCCCGUCGCCAACGACAGGCGUCCCGAGCCAUUUGCUCUUCCAUGAAGAGCGCACGGCCAGUGACUACCGCCGGUCGCCAGCGACCAAGCAGCUCUACUUCGAGUGCAUGGCCCGGCUCUAUGCGCAGCACGAGCCAAAUGCGCUCGCACCUUUUGUUGCGUGCGUCGACCAGUACUGUCCGCGCCUCUUCUCGCUCGAGGGCCAACACCUCGUGCCGACGCGCCGUCACAGCCAGCGCGCCCUCGUCGCCCUCUCGCCCGUUGCGCUCGCAAAGGGAAACGAGCCAGCGGCCGUGGCCGCGCACGCCGACGUCCUCUGCCAAAGCGACGCGUGGCUCGAAGCUGCGUCGCUGUUGCUCGCACACGAUGAGUAUGCCAAGUGCCUCUUGCUCUACGAGACAGCGCCAGACGCCGUGGGUCCGCUGCUCUACUGGCCGCUGCUGCGCUACUGCGUUGAAAAGCAGAGCCCGAACGACCUCGUCGCCUUGGUCGAGCGCAAGCCUGCGUCGCUCUCGUCAUCUCUCGUGCUCCGCAACCUCAAGACAUUCGUGCCGCCCGGCGUCACGCUCGGCGCGCUGCGCCCGGCCAUCGUCGUGCUGUUGCGCCGACCCUAA